UUCAGACGGUUCAGUUGUUGUUCAGCUAGCGGCCAGCCGCACACAGCUAUUCCCUCCCAAGCGACCAGUGCAAAACCAAAAACAAAAACAAAAACAAUAACAAAACCAAAACAAACAGCCAGCAAUUGAUCGAUCGACCGGUCGUUGUAGCUGUCGGUGUGAACUGUUCGCUAAUUUGAAAGAAACGAUUCGAAGUUUUGCAAUUAAGCGAGACUAACGCGCCAAAUAUUAAAGUGCAGCGCGACAACACUCGUUAAAGGCGUUAAACAAAUGAAAUGAAUAAAUUCCCCAGACCCUAGCACUAUCUGUAAGCAACAUAAUACAACUGUGCCUCUAACAACAACCAGAAAAGCUAACAACUAAUUCGCGUUAAAUUAGUUUGAAUCGAAGCGGAACACUUGGAUUACCUGAACAUAGCUAAAGGGAAAUAUGCUUUUGAGACAUUUCAACACGCUGCCCUGGGCGUUGCUGCUGCUGCUGCUGCUCGCUGCACUCACGCUCCAGUUGGCAGCCGGCAGCGGCGUUCCGGUGGCGGAUGAGGCGGCAUCGGAGGCUGAGAAUGUCAGCACUGAGAGCAACGAGAUUAUACCGCGAGAGGCCAUACAGAAGCUGGACUAUUCGGUGCGUCUGGCGCUGUUGCGCGCCAUAGACAAGCUGGAGCGCGAGGAGGCGUCGGCGUCGGCAUCGGCAUCGGCAAAGGCAUCGACAUCACCCACAGCUGGGAUCGCGACGCCAAGCACCACACUGGCUGCUCCACGUGAGCGCGAAGAGAUUCUGGAGGAGAGCACCAGUUCCUCGGAUGCUGUGGUGCCCACCGUGCAGUUCUAUACGGCGACCUUUGACGAGCGCAAUGCCCAGGAGCAGUUGCUCUCCUCCUUCAUCGAUCGCUCCAAGCUGUGGAAGAAGACUACGCUGCGCAAGCAGAGCGCCACGCCCUCUCCACUCUCCGUUGGCUCGGAUGUGGGCCCAGACUCGCGUCAGAUAACACGCAGCGUGGACUCCACGGUGGGCAGCAAUGAGAUAGCGCACGAUGGCAGCAACGAGAUCAAGUUCGAGAUUCGCAACGUGAAAAAGGAGACGACAACAACAACAACAACAACGGCGGCCACAACGACCACGACGACAACACCGCGACCACGCACCACCAGACGUCGCACGACCAGCACCACAACCACCACCACAACGACCACGCCACGACCCACCCAUAACGAGGAUGGCGAGAACAUCGAGCUGGUGGACAAACAGGAUAUCCGCAUACAGGAGGCGCCACUGGUCACCGCUUUCACUGUCGACCUGGAUGAGCGAGGCACAGCGCAAAAGUUUCGUCCGCUGCUGCAGGGCGAGCAGCUGCCACAGCUGCAGCAGCCAAGGCUACAGCAACAACAGUUGCUGGUGCCACACGUUGGGCCCACCAUUACCAAGUUGAAUGUGCUGGAGUCGGAGCUGCCGCCAGCACCGCUGACGACACAGAGUCCCGCGAUCAUCAGCAGCACGAGCACCACUCAGACGAACCUCCAGCACGUUGGCUUCUCCACAACGCCCGCCUUUCUCACCAGCAGCAGCAGCAACACCAACAGCAACUACAUUAAGGAGCCGCUGGCCAGCUCUAGUGUGACGGCACCCGUACCGCCCAGCGUCAAUAACUACAUCAUUGAGCGGCAGCGCGCUCUCGAGCAGCAAAUCUAUCAGCUGAAGCUGCAGGCACAGCAGCAGCAGGCGCUAAUCCUGCGGCAACUGAAGCUGCUCGAGGAGCAGAGCCAAAGUCGUUAUCAAGCUGCGCCGCUUGCACAAUCGAGCACGUUGCAGCCGCUGCUGCAGCAACAGCAACAACAGCAACUGCAGCAACAGCUCCAACAACAACAACAAUACCAACAACAGCAGCAGUUGCAGUUGCAGCAGCAACAUGCCUCACUGGAGGCAAUACAAACGCUGCAGCCACCUUCGCCUGGUUACUCCAUCAGACCUUCGGUCGAAUUUCUACCCAGCACACAUACGAAGACCAUUAUCUAUCCCACAUAUCCAAUUGAGCAGCAAUUGCCGCUGCGAGAUACCGUUGCGGCUCAUAAAUUUGCCCUGCACAGCAGCAACAACAACAACAACAACAACAACUACCAGAAAUUACCAACGGCAACGAAUGCAGUGCAACAAAUUUUCCAAAAUUUGCAAAAUUUGCAAAAAACAGCGGAACAUGCUGUCAGCAAUAGCCAAAGUCCCAAUAGCAUUGCCGGCAGCACCAGCAGCAGCAGCAACAACAACAAUAACAACAAUCAUUUACAGCUACAAACCUCAAAUCAGUUCAACUUUGCGCCUGCGGAGGCGUCUAUCUUGCAGGCCCCGCCUCAGAAUAAUUACCAACCGUUUCAGCAACAGCAACAGCAAGCGCAGCAGCAGCAACUGCAGCAGCAACCAUUGCUGCUGCCCAGCUAUGUAAGCAAUGCGGUCUUUCAGCAACAGCAGCAACAGCAGCAGCUGCAGCAGCAUCGCGCACGUCUCUUUCGGCAGGAAACAGGCACUGGAAACUUUGGUCUGAACAGUGAAAAUGUCGAGAUCCAGCCAAGCAACUCCUUCGGGACCACCAUUGUGAGCCAGCAGAGCAAUUUGGAUAAUCAGAAUUUCUAUCGACAACACUUGACGCCGCAGCUGAGCAGCCAGUUGCAGCAGAACGCACAGCAGUACCUCCAGCAGCAACUGUUGCAGCAGCAAAAUUUCGAAGAAUUGAAAGUAAUUAGUAAAGUUUUAGCUCUCAACCAUGGCAUACCGCAAUUUGCAUCACAAAACCUGCACUACAAUGGCGCUUUUUGAGCGCCACCAAUAUCACCAGCACCACCAACACCACCAAGCACCAACUCCGUCUACUGUGAAUCAAUUCCAUUCCACCAAAUUGCACAUCCAAACAAACAUUAUCACGAAUCCAAUCCAAUCCUUAGCCGGAGSUCUGCCGUUUCACAUUUACCCGUUAAUUAAGCUCUUCUUCUUGCAACAUUUUUGUAAAUACGCACACUAAAGCUAAGCAUUAUGAUAAUGAAUACUCAAGCAAGGACUAUCGCAGAAGCAGGAGACUCUGAACAGGAUGUGCUGUGGCAGACGUGGCAAUUUUGAGCGCUGCUUGGUUAAAUCUUAAAUAUCGAAAUGUAAUAAUUAUUUAUUUUUAUGUGAAUAAAGUUUAUGAUAAAGUAC